GGAUCCCGAGAGGUUAAGGAAUUAGGAAAGAAGUGAGGGGAGUGGGAGAAGAGAGACCAUAAAAUUCAAUGAGCUAUCGGAUCCCAAAGCAAAGCAGGAGUGUUGAUGGGCGCAGAAGAGGGAAAUGAAAACUGAACAAGAUAUAUUGUAAACAAUUCAUAUUAAUAAAAAAGAUUUGCAGCUUUCCAGGCAAAUUAGAAAAGGGGAUUUAAGACAAAUUAUAUUGUUAGCUGAAUCUGACUCACCUCGUGAUGUUAAAUAGCAGGGCCAAAUAUUAAGGAGAGAGGGAACAGUUAAAAGAAAGAUGGAAAAUUAAUCUGGCUUCUACAGAUCUACAGUCAUGAGGAGGGUGCUAUUAAUCUAACUUCCUGAUCUCUCAGAGAGUCUCAUAUUGCAGAACUUACUUUUGGGAAAUCACCGCACUUCUUUGAAUCCUAGUCAAUGGGGAAGAAUAGCACUGACCGUAGCAGCUUUGUGAACAGAUCUUUUCUGGACAGCACCAGACUCUUUGAGCCAAAGGAUGGAGACGGCAACCAGACUAUCCUCCACACCCGAGACGAAGAACUCGCCAAGGCUGAGAUUGGGGUCCUGGCAGCCAUCCUGGUGGUGACCCUGGUGGGGAACCUGGGCGUCCUUCUGGCCAUGUACCGGCUAAGGAAGAAGAUGAGCCGCAUGCACCUUUUCAUCCUGCACCUGGGCCUGACCGACCUCGGGGUGGCGCUCUUCCAGGUCCUUCCGCAAAUGAUCUGGGAAGUGACCUAUCGCUUCCAGGGGCCGGAUCCUCUUUGCAAGGCUGUCAAGUACCUGCAGGUGCUCAGCAUGUUUGCCUCCACCUACAUGCUCAUUGCUAUGACGCUGGACCGCUAUAUGGCGGUGUGCCACCCGCUGCGCACCCUGCAGCAGCCCAGCUGCCAGGCUUACCAGAUGAUCGGGGUCACUUGGCUGCUCAGCUGCCUGCUCAGCUUGCCUCAGAUCUUCAUCUUCUCUCUCAGAGAGGUGCAGCAAGGCUCUGGCGUGCUGGACUGCUGGGCGGAAUUCAAGUAUCCCUGGGGGGCUAAAGCCUACAUUACAUGGAUGACCUUGUGCGUCUUCGUGCUGCCCGUGGCCAUCCUCACCGUCUGUUACAGCCUCAUUUGCCACAAGAUCUGCAAGAACCUUCGAGGGAAGACGCAGAGCUGCGGUCCCUGUCCUGCCCCUACAACUGCUGCUGCUAUUUCUUAUACAGCCACAGUUCCGAAGGGAGCAGAGUGCCAGUCUGGCUCCCGGGUCAGCAGCGUGCGCACCAUCUCGAGGGCAAAGAUCCGCACUGUGAAGAUGACCUUUGUCAUAGUGCUGGCCUACGUCGCUUGCUGGGCUCCCUUCUUCAGCAUGCAGAUGUGGUCGGUGUGGGACAGGAAUGCCCCGAAUGACGAGUCCAGCAAUGCAACUUACACCAUCACCAUGUUACUCGCCAGCCUCAGCAGCUGCUGCAACCCCUGGAUUUACAUGUUCUUUAGCGGACAUCUUGUUCAUGAUCUCAUGCACUUUUUCUCCUGCUGUGGGAACCUUCACUCCAACCUCAAGAGGCAAUUCUCCAAUGGCAGCCUCUGCAGCCGGAAAACCACUAUCUUGACUCACAGCCCACAGAGCACCUUGAUUGCGGCUGGUGCUGAUGUUCAAAUGCAACUGGAGAGCUUAAAAGAUUUCUACCAGCCCUAUGAGGAGGACACAGUGACUGAAUCAAGGGAGCUCUAGAGUAUAAGCUUGGGCCACUGUUUGGUACUUACUCUGUGCCAGGAGCUCUGAAUGGUAAUGGAGAGCAGGGGAACCUGAUGGUCUUAUCAUGUAUGGGAUUUAAGUCUAUCUUUCCGCAAGAGCUUUGUUCUGCAGAAACUUGAGAGUUGGCAAAGAAUACCUGCAUCCCAUUUAUACUUAUGUGUAAUAUAUUGUGGACUUCUAGGUAGUCCCUGUCAGAACACAGUUCUGAGCCAGGUAGAUCUCUGGUCAGAUCCAGCAAGGAUCUCCUUAUGUUCUUACCUGUCACUAUGGCUUUUCUAUCAGACCUGAGCCACUUCUUUCUCAAGAAUGCUGGUUGCAAACAAGCUGCUCAGUGGUAAGCUGAUACCUUUCUGUGCUCCGGCUUUGGCUGCAUGCACAGUAUAGCACAUUUGAAACACAUUUUUUCCCCUUAAAGAAUUCUGGGCACUGUAGUUUACCCCUCACAAAGUUACAAUCCCAAGCAAUCCUACAGUGGCCAGAAUUCUGUGAGGAAGGAAAUAUGUUUCAAAUGUGCUUUAGGCUAAAGGUGCUCAGCCUAGAUGUGUGCAAAGCUGGAAUAUUUAUUUGAAUAAAUAUUGUAAUAUUAAAGAUAUAUAAUCACUUGAAAGAAUCAAUUAGACCUAGGAUUAAAUUGGGAUUAAAUUUAUAAAUAAGAAAAUGCACAAUAAGGAAAGUGAUGUAAUAUGAUUAUGACUGUGAUUUGGUUUUUUGACAUAUUGAUAUUGGAAACUACUACAGAUAAUUACUAAGAAAUUCAGAUGGAAGAGACUCGAGGAAGUCAAAUACUAUGUUUAUGAAGAUGGAUGGUACUUAAUUGUAAUUAAUUGGCAUUAUGUUGUACUGUAUGUUCUUAUUUUUUUCCUUUCUUCUGUCUUUUUUUGUUUUAUCUUUUGUUUUUGUUACUGUUAAUUCUUUUGUAUUAUGCUUAUUUACUGAAAAUAAUAAAUAUUAUUUGGGGGGAAAAAACAAAUAGAUGUGUGCAAAGUACCCACCGGCAUAACAAAUGGUUUUGUACAGGACACAAAUCCAGUUGUAACACCUCCCAGUGCCACUCCCAGUCCCUCCCUCCACUGCUGCUUUCUCCCUCACCUCCCUAGUAACAGCAGGCAUGACUCUUAUUGCACUCCACAACAGCAGGAGAAAAGAGUAGGCAGAAAUAAAAAUAAAAAUGCUUGACCACUAGAGAGGUGGCAUUGCUCUUGAACGGCUGCUCCGCCCACAUUCCCCUCUGGCCACACCCACGCCUGUCAUCUUGUCUUGCCCACUUUUGCCUCUGGCCCCAGCCACCAUUGGCAGAAGGAUGCCUAGGAGAGAAUGCAACCUUCACACUGAAGAAGAUUCCUUACCCCUGACUUCAUGCUCCACCAUGAUAGCGGGAGCCAAGUUAUUACCAAGUGCAGGAGGGUUUGCUUAUGCACUAGUUCCCUUCUCUGCUCUCCCUUUCUUCCACCACCCCUAUAUAAUUGGAAGACGGAAAAGUGAGGUGAAAGUGACAGCCAUACUUUGAACGCCACAUCAGCCUCACCAUCAGUCAGAAUCAUGUGGUAUA